AUACUCGUCUAUAUCUUUUACCAAUUAACUUCUUUUUUUUUAUAUAUAUAAAAGGACAUUUUACAUAUCGAUCAUAUGAUUGCAAACAAAAAAAUUGUAUCAUAUGUACCUUCUUAUUUUAUUGUAAUUUGAUUUCUCUAUAAGAAAUAAAAAAGAACAGCUUUUACUAUUUGACAAACAAAUUUGUAAAAUUUUAUUUUUUGUCUACCUAGUGAACUAUGCAAUAGCAGAGUUAUGCAUUUUUAUAAUAAUCUCUAUGUAUGCCUUUAAAAAUGCGUUUUACAGUUAUGGUCACAGAUGGUUAAUUUUUGUACGAUUGUGAAAUGUCGCUAGAACAUGAAAGGCAUUUUAUUGUUCACCGAAUGACUAUUAAGUUCGGACAGAGUAUUAAAGGGAGAAGAGUAACAACAGCCGGAAGUAAAGGCCGGAACUGUGGAGAGUUAAUUUCAUUUGAUCCUGUCCGCGUCAGGGAGCGAGUUUUUCAAUGGUAUUCAGUUCACACCUUGCCAUCUAGAAUUACUGUGCUCGUCACGAAUUAGUUCUACCUUUGCAAAAACUACAACUCAAAUUUUGUGGCAUGAGAAUAGAAACAAAUUUGUUUUAACAUUCAAUCAAUAAUCGAAUAUUAAAAAAACUUCUCAAUCAAAAUGUGUGUAUUAAAGUAUUGAAUGACUGUGUUAUAAAAAAAUAAAUUUGUUUAAAUUUUCAACAUGCAAUUCUCUGUGUUACUUCUAUAUUAUUUCUGUCAACGUUCGUGGGUAACGAGUUUUUCACUUAAUUCAUAUACGAAGAACAUUACAACGGAAAUAUCGACGUACGAAACUCUGGAAUCCGAGGAUUUGAAUAAAGAAACUCAGCAUUUUUUAAAUCCAAUCUACCGUGAUCUCGAUCCUUCGAAUGACGUCGAACAUAUCGAUCUUCAACAAUGGCCAGGAAGAUCUACUGUUCUUUUACCUCGCAAUGAUAUUCCUUCCACUACGAACGUUAUGGUACCGAAUAAAUUUUUCAACGUUAGUGUAUCCUUGCAACGAAAUUCAACGAGAUAUCCAAGAUUUAGCAUACCACUUUCAAUCGCGAUGAUAGACGAAGUCUUCUGUGAUUUUGGUCCACUUCCAUCGUUGUCUCUCUGCGAAUGGCAAAAUGGUAGCGAUUCAUUAGAUUGGAUGGCAGGAUCUGGCUUAGGAACUAAUUGGUUUGGUGGACCACCAUCGGAUUCUACUACCAGUACAAUGGAAGGAGGGUACGCCUUCGUGGAGACAUCACAAACACCAUCAAAAGGUGUAACAAGCAAAAAUUCUGGAGCUCGAUUGCAUAGUCCUCAAUUGGGAAGUACUGGUGUUUCAGGAACUUGUGUUAUGUUUAAAUACUCCAUGGAUGGUCUUAGUGUCGCAGGAUUGAGAGUACUCUUGCAUUUGGGAUUCGAUGAAUACUCGAUCAAAAAGGAACCAGACGACGUCAUUUCCUUUCAAAAUGUCACCAUACCAUUUUGUAAGUCAGUUAAGACUGAGAACGAGCGUGUCAUCUGGCAUGCUCAUUACUAUGAUCUUGAGAUGUGGCAGCAAGCUCAGAUACUUUACACUUAUCCAGACGUACACUCGUUAAUCAUCGAAGCAGUGCCCGUUGAUUCGACUGAUCCAUCUCGUCUCUUUCGAGGAUAUAUAGCGAUCGAUGACGUCGAUCUUCAACCUGGAACUUCCUGUGUUGGAUUUUGUAACUUUGCAGGUGGAUUUUGUGACUGGAACAACGAUGCCGAAGAUGACUUUGAUUGGACCAUAAGUCGAGGUAGCGGAAAUCCAGCGACUGGUCCAGCUAUGGACAGCUCUAGUGAUCGAACUACAGCUGGUGGUUACGCUUUUAUCGAUUCUAGAUUUCCACGUAGACCUGGUGAUACAGCAAGAUUAAUCAGUAGCAGUUUCCCAGCUACCAAUCCAGACGCACCGAUUUGCGUACAUUUCUGGUUUCAUAUGUUUGGUACAGGAAUUGGCAAUUUAAAACUUUACUUACGUCACUUUCGUGAUCUCGAUGCAGUGUUACAAGAAAUUUGGGGAUUGAGUGGGAACGCUGGUAACGCUUGGUACAUGUCGCAAAUAACUGUUGGCUCUUUGGAUGACUAUCAAUUAAUUUUUGAAGCAUCGGUAGGAAACACCGGUAUGGGAGAUAUCGCUAUAGAUGACAUCACGUUCACUCACGGUGCUUGUCCUGUGUAUCCACAAGUAGCAGCAACAAUAUCAAGAGACUGUACUUUCGAGGUAGACGAAUGCGAUUGGAUCAAUACCAGAGAUCCGGAUCGUGUUGAAUGGGAAAGAGUUUCCAAUCAAGUAUUAAGUCCCAGAAAUCAACGAAAACCAUACAGCAAUGGAAAUACUGGCACUAGACACAACGAAUAUUUUCUAACACUUGGCAAAUCUCGUAGUGGAUCCAUUGGUGGUGGUACUGCUCAACUCGUUAGUCGUGAAAUGGGUGGUUCUGAUAAUCCAUUGUGUAUCACAUUUUGGUAUAUCAUGUUCGAGUCUUUCAUAGAUUCUACUGGACCAAGCUUAGGUGUGCUACGUGUAUACAUACAGCCUAACGACGAAUCGUCAGCAGAGCCCAGACCUAUUUGGCAAUUGUACAAUGAUCAAGGUCCUACCUGGAAUUACGCGCAAACGAAUAUUAAUGAAAGAAAAAAUUUCAAUAUCUAUUUUGAAGGUAUAUGGGGUCCAAAUAGAGCAAAUGGUAUUAUCGGUAUUGAUGACAUAUCCUUUUACAUUGGAAACUGUACAGUAAGGCCACCUGCUGCUUCUGUUAGGAGUGAGGAUUGUAGUUUCGAGAAAGGAAUAUGUGGAUGGGAAAACAUUACUCUUGCAACUAAUGAUCGUAGUGUUACUUGGCAACGUGCUUUUCUUACUCACCGACCAGCUCAGCUCUUAGACAAAACCUUUGGGACAACGGGCGAUUAUAUCUUUUUUGAUAUAUACACGGCCGAUCAAAAAUCCACUGAAGUACAAUUACGUUCUCCAAUUAUCAAUACACCGAUUGACGAAGAGUCCACUUGUUUCACAUUUUGGUUUGCUGCAUUUGGCGUUGAAGAAUCUACAAUGUUACAAAUUAUUAGAACGUCUGAUAUUGAAGAUGCAAAUAGUGGUUAUGAUGAAAAUGGUAACGAUGAAAUAUUGUUAUGGUCAUUAACAGCGAAGGGAUUUAACAACCCAAGACCAGUGUGGAUGGCAGCGCAAGUAACGAUCGAUGGACGUUCACCGUACCGUCUUAUUUUGAAAGGAAGUGCUAGUAACGGUGGCUUUGCUAUUGAUGACAUUAAAUUUCAACCACGUAUUUGUCCAACUCGACCACCAGAAGCUCAUCCUCAAGUAUACCCAAACAAGAUGUAGUAAAUUUACAUAUUACUAAAACAAAAAUUGUAAUAAAAAUCUUAUAGUAAAAUAGUACAAUGAGAAAUGGAAUUUCUAUAAAU